AUCUCCAAUGAAAGGAAAAUAAAAACAAAGGUGUAAAUAUUUACUACAUGAAGUUUUACUUCAAUCUGACAAUUAAUAAAGAUGUCGUGGUUUAAUCUGUGGGACGGAUUAAAGACGAAGACAUGCAGGUACCUACUGCAAAGGUAUUUGGGACAGUUUUUUGAAAAUAAUCUCAACUUGGAACAAUUAAAAGUGGAUCUUUACAAUGGAAAAGCUGUUGUGGAAAAUAUAUCACUUAAAGUUAAUGCUCUCAACGAAUUGUUUGAAGGACAGGGCUGGGCUUUUGAAGUGGUUUCUGGACAAAUUGGAUGUUUGACGGCAAUGGUUCCAUGGAAUGCUCUUAUGACCAACGACAGUUUACUCAAUAUCUCAAAUUUGACAAUAACUCUGAGACCAGUUACGCGUUGCCAAAGCGGAACAACUAUGUUGGAGUCGAUGUGGUCAUCUGUUAGUAGUUCGAUGCAAAUGGCCGAAGAAUGCAUGAAGCAAAUUGAUGAUGACAUACCAUUUUUAAAUCACAACAAUGCUUUGAUUGGGUUGGAAAAGUUUGCUGAAACCAUUGACAACGUUCUGAAUCGUAUACAUGCAAACUUAACCAAUACGACGAUAAACAUCGAAUACACACUGCCAAAGUCAGACAAAAAGCUUAUUGUAUCAUUUAAAGCUAAGCAUGUUGAAUAUAAAAAUCAAACUGGAUAUGGAAAAUAUUCAUCAUCAAAUGAAGGCUUUGGAAGCAAUGAUGACAGCACGGAACAGCCUCCAAAUUUGAAAUAUUUACCAAUGAUUGCUAAGCACAACUUAGUUACUAAUGACUUAACGAUUCAUACUUCGGAACUUAUUUAUAGUGAAAGCCAUACUGCGGAGACAGACACCAAAUCUGUUGGAAGCCUAUGUAAAAUAGUGGAAUUCAAAGGGUGCCAGAAUUUUGAAAUUAGCGUAAAACAAACCGAAAAUAUAGUUGGUCCAAAAAUCAACCUGGAAGUUAUAAUAGAUGAUAUUUAUUUUAUGCUCACCCCUCGUCAAACGCAUCUGCUUACCCGAAUUUUGAAGGGAUUUGAUGAUGUGCGCCCAAAAGAUAAGAUGUUAAAAAAGUUUUCGGAUUUUAAAACUGAGUUGUCUUAUCCACAUUGCAAUACAAAAAUGACUGGCAUUGUUGAAAAGGAUGGAGAGUGGUGUCCUGAAGGAGAUAGUUUUAAAAAAUCAGAAUUUUUAUAUACCGAUAUGAAAAAGAACAAAAUAUCUAGUUCUGAUAUAUCUUCGACAUCUACCAAUAGCAUAUCAACGUCCUAUAGCAAUGCUCAAUUAAAUAACGGGACUGUAGAAAAAUCUGGCGAAAUUUUAAAAUUUAAAAUGCAAAUAUUUAAAAUUGUUGCCGUUAUCUUACACAAUGAUAUACUUAUUGAAAAUACUACUAGUAGUGUAGGGACCAGCAGUGUAUAUAGCAAUGAAAGUUUCGAGAACUAUUCGAAAAUUGCAAAUACGUUUUUCCCAAACACAUAUAUGGAAAAUCCCUUGAAGGAACAAUAUAUACCAAUACCAAACAGUAACUAUCUUCUGAUUAUGGUAUCCUCCUUAUUAGUAAGUGGAAAUCAACAGAGGCGAUGUAAUGAGCUAACUUUAAAGAGUACAUUGUCAGCAACGACCUUUGACUUCAGUGAAAUACUUGACAACAUCGAGAGUCACCUCAUUUUGUUUGACAGAAAAAAUAAUUGUCAAGAAGGAUACCACACUAGACCAGAAAUUACUUUGUCUCAUAAUUCGUCGUACCUUUUUAAGCAGAACUACAACACGUGUAGUAACACAAUUGAAUGCACCUUAGACGACUGUACCAUUGAGUUGGAUAUUUCACUUUAUGACAGAUUAAGUGCUCUAAUAAGUGCAUCGCCUUUUAUAGAUUUGGAUGCUCAUGAGGUAGUACUGGAAAAUUCAAAUCCAAUGGAUGUGCAAAUUAAAUGUAAUUCUUUCAAAAUAAACUUAAGGUUUCCAGUAAUAGACGGCGGACUACUUCGAGACCCCAUGACGAAAAAUAUACGAAGCGACUAUCUCUUAUUAGACUUCCGAAAUGUAUUAGUUCAGUGGAAAUCAUAUAUUUGUGUAAUUGUGGAUAAAGUCGAAGGAUUUUAUUGUGAUGAAGGCAUUAAGAAUGAUAUUCAUAUCAUGCAAUGUUCAUCUCAGAAUAAACUGGAUAAGUCGCCGGCUGACAUGGAAAAAAUUGUUGUAAGAGUCUACAGUUCGAAUGAUAUCUCGAAGGACGAGGAAGCUAAAUCUUUUGAAAACAGCGCAAGACAAAAAUGUAAAUCACCUUUCAGCUCUAAAUGUUCAUAUGGUUAUUCAUCUAAUAUCGACGGACUUUACGAGAGUACAGACAAGACCGAUUUCUUUUUGCCUGGAGACACUGAUGAAAUAAAUGAAUUCUGUGAAGGUUGUAAGGAUUCAUCCAAUUUGAAAAUUCUGGUUUCUAUUCCAAAAGUUAAAAUUGUAUUAGAAUCUAAAGAUCUCUACGAAAUAAUUUAUAACCGUCUGAAUUGGAACUUAUUAAUGUGGGAGCCGCAAUCUGCUACAUCACAAGAAGAAAAUAGCGUCUGUUCCUUCGAAUUAUGUGUUAAAGAAGGGAUCUUACUCAUGUAUACGGAUAUUCGUGAUUUGGAAAAUAAAGAACAAACAUCUUCUCGUGGAAAACUGAAAUGCAAUAUAAAAGAAUUUCGAUUAUUUUCGGUUACUGGCCUUAAAAAUGAAAAAAAUCUAAGCUAUUUUUGUACUCAAUUAAAAGAAAUUGAUGUAUAUCACUGUGGAAAUAUCUUGAGUGAAUCGGCCAAUGCUUGGAGUGAUGCUACUGAUACAAAUCUUAAACGGAUAAUUUGUAACCUUCCAAAUGAACAGAGGGUGACAAAUAAUCGAGAGGAAAUGGUAUCUGUUGUCGCUGAAUUAAAAAAGCAACCAGAUAAACGCUUAAAGAGAAUAAAGCUUGCAUUUGGAAUAAAUGGGGUCAAUGUAUGGCAUAAGCCUGAAUAUUCAGUAAAUCAUUGGAUUUAUCAACUAAUCGACUUUUUAAAUGUAACUGACUUUCCUAUUGAAGCGUACGAACCAUAUGCGCUUGUUUCGGAAAUUCAGGGCCAUAUUUGGAACUUUGCAAUGGAGUAUCGGCCAAAAUAUCUAGCAUAUCGGGCAUUACUUGAUAUUGGAUAUUGCUCCUUUAGCAGCAACAUUAUAUAUCCAAUUACUGGAUGUACUUUACGAAUGAUAACUGAAGACUGUAUUCUGUCUAUUGGCCCAACAGUUCAAGGAGGCAACGUCAUUGAUGAACAAUUGGCUCACAUAAAUUGUUCUGGCUUAGUCCCAGUCUUAAGCGUGGGACUGAUUAAUUUUUCAAUACAUCUGAAUGAUCAGAGUAAAUUAUAUCCUAACAUUGACUUGCGGUCUUCAAUUCAUGACAUGCAUUUAAAAACGUGCUUUGACGCAGCAGAUGCAUUAGCACAACUUAUUGCGUAUAUUGCAAACGAUAAAGACUUAAUGUCAAAGGAAAAGAAUAGCGUUGGCCCUGAAAAACCUGAUGAUUGCCCAUUAAACAGAAAUGAUCAGAAUAAUGAUGAUACACUAAAACAUAUAAAUAUACUUAUGGCCGAUGCUGUAAAAGAUGUAAAAGAAACUUCGCCAUCAGAUUUAUCUACAAAAAUGAAUGUGAUACAGAAAAAUGAAACUGAAAUCCAACAAAAUACAUCAUUAUUCAAAAAUAGUUUUGAUGCCUGCAAUAUUUCAGACUUUGAAUCCAAUGUAAUGCUUGAAUCAUGUUAUCAACACGAAAAAAAUGCUCUACCACAAGUUGAAGCCGAUCUUGGAGCUACUUUAUUUACCACUGCGCAGGUAUUAGAGGAAAGAGACUUUCAUGUCAUACACGAUGAGGAAAUUUUUUUUAUGGAUAAAUUUGGAGUUGAGCAAAUAUAUGUUUCUGAAGACCCACUUCAAAUAGUUGACAACCAUUUCUGUUUACCAAGUGAAAAAGUUGAUGUCCUACGGCCUCCUGUACAUUUUCCAAUACCUGAGCAAAGUUAUACACUGUGUGAGAUGACAUUUACAUGGCACUUGUUUGGAGGAAAAGAUUUUCCAGAUUUAACUGGUAGCCCUACAAAAAAGGAUAAAUCAAGUUUUACAACAGGCAUUGGUAUGUCGGAAACUUAUAAGCACGGUGUAUCACAAGCUCCAAGGAAAAAACACACAAAAUUAAAAAAAGCAGCCAGUGAUGAAUUGAAUACAUCCCGAAAUUCAGAUGUGCUUGUCGAAAUUCAAUUCUCGAAGAUUCGCUUAUCCCACGAUGCAUACCCUAAACAAUCCGUUUAUGCGUCUCGACAAGUGUUGGUUAUUUCGGAUAUAGAAAUUCGAGACCGCUUACUCACUUCAGAUAUUAAUAAGCUUCUUUAUCACUCAAAUAAGAACAGCUUACCACAGAGAAACGACGGAAACAUGAUAACAGUGAAAGCGUUGAACGUUCGAUCAAAUGUGAAGAAAAACAGAGCAGAGGAAUGCUCAUUAAAAGUUUCAAUUUUGCCCAUCAGACUUAAUAUUGACCAAGACACUUUAUUGUUUUUGGAAGAAUUUUUUUCUGCUUUAGUGAAAGGAUCGUCCACUGGUGAUAAUGUGGACAAUGUAGCAAAUUAUGAUGAUCCAAUGAUGGCUGUAAAUGAAAUAUCGAAUGCUUUGCAUAAUUUCAAAUUGAACGAGAAAAAAGAACUAGAUUCAGAUGAAGGCUCGAAAACGUUUGAGUUUGCAGAAGAUUGUUCCCCAAAUGAUGUACAUCCCACUUACUUUAAGGAGUUUGUAUUUAGUCCUGCGUUACCAAUAUGCUUUGACUACCAUGGUCGAAGAGUUGAGCUUUCUCGGGGUCCAAUAACUGGUUUAGUAAUGGGACUUGCUCAGUUACAGGGUUCUGGAAUAUGUCUACGUGAAGUAAUAAAUCGGCGGGGGCUUUUAGGUUGGAACAAAUUAUUUGAAUUUGUCUGUAAGGAAUGGCUUAAAGACAUUAAAAGAAACCAAUUGCCAAAUAUAUUAAGUGGAAUCGGACCAACCAAUGCUGUUCUGCAACUGUUUCAAGGCUUCUUUGACUUAUUUAGACUUCCAUUGCAACAAUAUAACAAAGAUGGAAGAAUAAUCCGUGGUUUUCAACUAGGUGCUCAAAGUUUCAGUGCCCGAACAGCGUUUGCAGCGCUUGAGAUAACAUCAAGAAUAAUUCAUUUACUCCAGUUUACAGCGGAAACAACAUUUGACAUGUUGUCUGCUGGACCAUCGUUAAGCAGACGGCGUAAUCCUAAGCAUGGUAAAAGACGACAAGGCCGGCCCAAGGAUUUACGUGAAGGGGUUGCAAAUGCCUACACAAUCGUAAAGGAGGGAAUAAACGAAUCGGCGAAUACAUUAUUGGAAGCAGCAUGUGUGGAGCACGACCAAAAAGGAUAUAGUGGUGCAGUUGGUGCAGUUGUCAGGCAACUACCUCAGUUAGUUGUGUGUCCGGCAGUUCUGGCAACGCAAGCGACUACAAACAUUUUAGGGGGGGCAAAAAGUUCGCUUGUUCCGGAAGCAAAACGUGAAGCAACGGAUAAAUGGAAGAAUGCAAAGAACUAAAUAAAAUAAGGCAACAAAUUUCUUAACACAUUUUUAAAUAUAAGUAUGGAUUUUGUAAAAAACUUGUCAGUGCAUGAAGUUAGCAAUAUAUUAUAUUGUCUUAAGUCUUGUUGUAAUGCAUAUUGGUCGAGCUUACAUCCUUAAAUUUAAGUUAAUUUGGAACAGUUUUGUACAGCUGUACUUAAAAAAAAGAAAGAAUUUUAAUAAACAGCAGAGGUUAAUGGCCAAAAAAGUGAAUACAAUUAAACGAACAACUGAAUUUUUUCACUAGCCUGUAAGGUCUAAUGUAAAAAAAAAACAAUCAAUAAAAAUAAGGACUAGAA